AUGAGUGCUUUCCCACAGUUUAUAUCUUCUGUAACAUGUCACAAGAUACUUGGACCAGAUGAUUUAAUCAGGGAUGGUUACGAAAAUUUUCGAACAGGGAAAGCUGGCUUUUCUUCGGGACAAUUGUUAUUAAAACUUUCUUCUAUGAAAAACUUGUUUCCAAGGAUCUUAGAACGAUUACCAGAAACAACUAAAGAAGGACAACGUGAUAUUGAAACAUGUUUUUCGCGAAUUAUGAUUUUAAAUCAAUCGUUAUUUUACUAUAUUGAACUAUUCGACAGCUGUGCACCAAAAUCUGCUCAGUGCAGAACAUUAUUAGCCCAACUUUACAGUCCUCUGCAAGAAAUACAAAAACACAUUCCAUAUCUAGCGAUUGCAACAGCACCUACAAUGGAGAGGUACUUAGAUACAAUAAAGAAAGCUAUCGAGACAUCUCAAGCAUGCUUCGAACAAAUCCUUGUCAAUGUUUUAAAAUUUGAUAUCGCAUUAAGCAAAAAAUCGAAGCCAUUACCAGUAAUACAAAGACAAUAUGCAGUUCUUGUAUCAAAUGCAUUACAAAACCUAGGACUAUUUGAGACAAAUGCCUUAUUUGCCGCAUCAUUUUACAAAAUUUCUCAAGAUGAGGAAAAAUCGAAGAAUAUUACUAAGAUUUGUACAAUGAUUUCUUCAUAUAUCAAGACAAUAUACGAGAAUAACAGAUUUGAAUCAGUUUUCAUGACAGAUAAAUUGAAUUUUAUUAUUUCUCAAUUUCCAUUCAUUUCUAGAGUCAUUGGCGAAAUUAAAGAUCUUAUGCCCAUCAAAGACUUUACGAGUUUAACUGUUUCAGCCAUAAACACGCGAAGAUCUAUAAAUGAAUUAAUAUCCAAACUUGAAUUACAAACAAUAACAAAUGUAAUCAAAAGUGUUGCCAAUGUAUAUCUAGAAAAUGAGCCAACGCAAGGCUUAAUCCAAAUGAUGAAGUCAUUAUUGAAUAUAAUUUCUGAAAAAUACCAAGAAGGACUUCAAAACGGAAUUGAUAAGACAGAAAUUUCUUCUUACAAAGUGGUUUUGACCCUUUUAUCUUCUGAUCUCAAAUCAAAAGACGAAAUUUGUUUGGUUUUGCUGUUGGCGGUUAGAUUUACAAUUUUAAACUUCCCUAAUUUCAGUUUGAAAGAAAAUUUGUUACUAACCGUUUCUGACAAAACUGUUUUAAUCGUCAAAAUAAUUUACAAAGAGUUUAUUUCUUUGUUGAAUGAAUUACGAGUAAUUAUUGACCAAAACGUUGAAAAUCUCAAUGAAAAUGAUUUAAAUCAAUUAAAUUAUUUUCUGAAGAUUACAAAAAAACCGCCGAAAUUUGACACCGAAUCAGAUGAUUUUUUAUUGAGGCAACAAUCGAUAUUUGAUGCUUUCACAUGUGUGUUAUCUCCUCUUAUGAAAUUAAUCAAUAAAACACAAAAUGAAACAUCCAAAAAUAAUUUGUCAGAUUUUUAUAAAAAAGUGACAAAUUUACAAAGGAAUUUUUCGAUGUUUUUGAAUUCUUAUUACAUGUGUUUUGCUGAUCUAGUAAGAAUAAGAAGUGAAGAUUGUUUAUUUACAUUGUUUUAUCCUCUCCAAAAUUUGACACCCAAAAAUAACGUAUUUUUCAAUUCUUGUCAGAAUUUUACAAAUAUUUACAAUUUAUUUUGUCAAAAACACCAAAAAUUUUGA